AUGUUAAGUGUGCGCACUGCUCCUCUCACGUUGCGCCAGUGCAGUAGAUAUUGUUCUCCCUCUUUCGCCCGUCGAACAUUUGCCCAAGCCGUCAAGAUGUCGAGCAUUUCCGAGGCCAUCAAGAAGGACCACCGCGAGCUGGAGCAGUACUACAAUGAGGUGAUCAACAACCAGGGCGAUCAUGACUACCAGGAGCGGUACGGCAACCAGUUCGUCUGGGAGCUUGCUCGUCACUCUGUCGGCGAGGAGCUGGUUGUGUAUCCUGCGUUUGAAAAGUAUCUGGGGAGCAAGGGCAAAGAAAUGGCCGAGAGUGAUCGAAAGGACCACCACGUUGUCAAGGAAAUGCUCAAGACCUUCCAAAACCUAAAGCCCUCGGAUCCAGACUACGUCAGCAAGCUCAAGGAGCUCUGGGCCCCUCUCUCGGAGCACAUCAAGGAGGAGGAGGAGCGAGACCUGCCGACCCUAGAACAGAAGCUCCAGGAGGUGGAGGGCGAGUCUGCGUCCAUGGCCAGGUCCUUUGGCCGCACCAAGGCCUUUGUGACCUCGCGCAGCCAUCCCAGCGCCGGCGAGCACCCGCCAUUUGAGACUGCCAUGGGCCUGCUUGCUGCGCCGAUUGAUCAUAUCGCGGAUCUGUUCAGGAAGUUUCCCGAUAACACGGUAUCUCCCAACCCUUCGACCAAAUAG